AUGGGCAAAGAUAAAUCCGAGAAGCGCGACAAGAAGGAGAAGAAGGAGAAGAGAAGUGAAACCGAUGGUGUUAAGAAAUCUUCCAAGAAGGUCAAGAAGGUCAAGCUCAGCGAAGACAAUGUCGCUGCUGCCAUUGCCGAAGUUACCAAGGAGCCAGAGAAUGUUGAGGUCAUGGAUAUUGUGAUUGAGGAGGAUAAGGAAGGUGCAGCUGCCGAGAUCAAACCAGUAGGAGCUUUGGUUCCGUUCGCAAACCCAUUGGCCGAUGAAAAGGUCGCAAAGAAGGUGCUCAAGAGUGUUAAGAAAGCUGCCAAAAACAAGACUCUUAAGCGUGGUGUCAAGGAAGUCGUCAAAGCUCUUCGCAAAUCUCCUCAAGGUGCCAGCAAUACCGUUUUCCCAGGUGUCGUUAUCCUUGCUGCAGACAUUUCGCCAAUGGAUGUCAUUUCUCACAUUCCAAUUUUGUGCGAAGACCAUAACGUACCAUACAUCUUCGUUACCAGCAGAGCCGAAUUAGGAGCAGCAGGUAACACCAAGAGACCUACGAGUGUGGUAAUGGUUACAGAGGCGAGAUCGGGCGCAAAGAAGGCCGAGAAGAUCGAGGGCGAGGAAGAAUUCAAGGAAGUCUACAAGGAUUUGGUCAAGGUUGUGGAGAAGGAGGCCAGGAAUGUUAGAGUCUAA